GCGUCAGGUCAAACAUGGACCAAAUUGUUUACAAUUAUUUUCCGUUCCCAAAACACCAGUAGCAUCUCCAUAAAGGAAGACAUCGUAUUCUCCCUCCUCCAUUUCUGGUCUUCGGAAAUCCAUCUUGUCAAACUAGAAACAAACCUCCUCUUUCUCCCUCCUCUCCCCUCUUCGAAUCAUCGCCGGGCACGAAUUGGCGCUAGUUUCUGGAUUCGACGAUGAAAUCGCCAUUGCGCAAGUUCCGGGGCCUCGCCCUCCCCCAUCACCACAAGGAGAGGAAGGACCAACGCCCGCCGCCCGCCAAGCUCGACGACCUCGUCGACGCCGCCCAGGAGAUGGAGGAAAUGAGAACUUGUUAUGAUAGCUUGCUUUCGGCUGCAGCUGCAACAACAAAUAGUGUAUAUGAGUUUGCAGAAGCUAUGGCAGAAAUGGGAACUUGCUUACUUGAGAAAACUGCAUUGGAUUGCGAUGAUGAUGACAGUGGCAGGGUGCUGAUGAUGCUAGGAAAGGCUCAAUUUGAACUACAAAAGUUUGUGGAUAACUAUCGCACAAAUAUCAUUAAUACAAUCACAAACCCUUCAGAGUCUCUUCUCAAGGAGCUACAAGUUGUAGAGGAAAUGAAGGACAACUGUGAUCAGAGAAGAGAGGAAUAUGAAACCAUGCGGUCAGCCUAUAAAGAUAAAGGACGAUCAAGGAAUCCCAAAACUGAAACAUUCUCCCCAGAACAAUUGCAAGCAUCCUUUCUCGAGUACCAAGAAGAUGCAACAUUAUUCAUAUUUCGCUUGAAAUCAUUGAAGCAAGGUCAAUUCUUAAGUAUUUUGACACAGGCUGCUCGCCAUCAUGCUGCUCAGUUGAGUUUUUUCAGGAGAGGCUUGAAGUAUCUAGAGGCGCUAGAACCUCAUGUAAAAGCAGUUGCUGAGAAGCAGCACAUUGAUUAUCAGUUCAGUGGACUAGAUGAUGACACUGAUAAUGAUGAUUACAGCUCUUACCAGGACAAUCACAGUGAGGGCAGUGAGUUGAGUUUUGACUACGGGAUAAACUUUCCUGCUUCCAGAAGUUCAAUGGAUUUGGAUCAGUCUAAUAUGGAGAGUCCCACUAAACCUCUGAAGGAACAUGAGCAGGAACAAGCCAAACAAAUAGAGACAGAUUUUGCAGCUCCUCGAAUGAAGCCUGAGUUUAUUACUCAAUCAGCACCAAUUUUUGCUGAUAAUGUGCUUGAUCCAUCUGUGAGGCUUCGCAAGUUGAAUUCUCCAAUGUUCUCCAGCCCACUACAUUCAAGUAGAACAAAUUAUUCCUACAAACUCCCGACACCAGAUGAUGAUAAAAACUCCACUUCAGCAGGCACCAACAGAUCACCUCAUUCAGAUAAAUCAGAGAGUAAACCACAUGUGGCAGCAAAUUUGUGGCAUUCCUCUCCGCUUGUGAAAGAUUAUAAGCCGAGCUCCUUGUACAGCGGGCCUGUUAAGAUGCCAUCAAGUACUGAGAGGAGAUCAUCACCAUUAGUUUAUUCCUACUCCACUUCAGAUUCAAAGAAAAUGAAGAGGGAAUCUUUUUCUGGCCCAAUUCCAAGUAAAGCAGGGUUAAGCAAACCCUUGUUUUCCGCUGCUGGUCACAGAGCAUCAGUAAACUAUCCUCCUCGUGUUAUGUCAACAAAAUCACAUGGACCAGGUUCUCUUCCAUCUGUGGCUCCAAAAGUCCCUAGGAUAACUUCACUGCCAACAACAUCCCCCAGAAUUAGUGAGCUUCAUGAGCUGCCUAGGCCUCCUGCACCUUUAGACACUCUCCGACCUGGUCUGGUUGGAUAUUCUGGUCCUUUGAUAUCAAGGCGGCAAAUGCCUAAUGUACCAACCCGUGCCUCCCCACCGUCAAAUACAGCAUCACCGCUUCCACGACCACCUGCUGCCAUGACUCGCAGCUAUUCUAUACCUUCAAAUAGCCAAAGAACACCUAUUAUUACUGUGAAUAAGUUGUUGGAGUCUAGGCAUAGCAGAGAGAGCAGCGAAGUUUCCUCGCCCCCACUAACACCUAUAUCUUUGGCAGAUGUUUCACGCAAAUCAAUAGCAGAAACAACUAUAGACACCAGAAGGAUAAAGGAAACCUCGUGAGCACUCACACAUCCAAACCUGUUUAUAAUUGUAGGCAAUUUUGUACGUAAGUAGUUUGCAUUCUUGGUUUUCUUCAAUAGUCUUUGGUGUAUUUUGUGAAACAAAAGGGUGAAAUAAAGAUAGCAAUAUUUUACCUUCA